GCCGACAAGAUGGUAUGGGAGGCUUCCACGAGCUGCCACCGAACCGUUGCCUCCCUACGCAUCCCCCCCCCGCGCGCGCAGAGCCGCCCUUUGCACCUCACCAGGCGGCGGGACCGAGACCCGCGGCGCCCCUCCCGCAGGGAUGGUGGCUGGCGGCGGCGAGGAGGCCGUGAGGCAGAAGGUCAAGGAUGCCUUCAAGGUCUGGGACACAAACGCCGACGGCAUCAUCUCGAAGCACGAGAUGAAGUCGGUGCUGAUGAAGCUCCUGAACAAGCCUGGGAGAGGGAAACAGCGGCAUGAGCCCACGCUUUUGGAGGUUUUCCGAGAUUUUGCGCAGGUCGGCGCUGGGCCCCCCUCCCUGCAUCCCUGGGCGGCGCCGCUGGCGCCGUCCCAGACCCAGGGACUUCACGCGGGCCUCCCAAGUUUCUUUCCAUGCCGUUCUUUGUUUCUUCCACGAGCAGUCCUCUGCCACCGUCACCGAGGAGGACCUCGACUCGUUCAUGCACGAGGCUGACCAGAACGACAACGGCGUCAUCGAGUAUGACGAGUUCCUCGAUUGGGUUCUGCGUCCCGGGGCCAAGAUCACGACCACUGGGUCCGGGAAGCUAGCGACGUUUGACCUCGAGGCGACCCUGAGGCCACUGUACGACGUGUACGACAAGAACCACGACGGCCAGGUUUCGUGGGAGGAGUUCGAGGAGUGCUACUGCAUUCUGGCCAACUCUCUCCAGCUGGCGCGGUCCAAGGCCGACAGGCGCAACUCCGUGCCAGAGCAUCUGAAGGAUGCCACCGCGGGCCAGACGGUGUUCUCGGGUGUCGACACGGACGGUGACCGCAGGGUGAGCUUCAAAGAGUUUUGCGAGUGGCAGCGGGAGACGCUCGCGAACUCCGGCCUGCACAGCGAGGAUCUCAAGGAGCUCAUCCCCAAUCUGGCCAAGCAGCUGCUGCGCGUAUAUAAGCUGUCCGAGCAGGACGCUCACGAGGUCGAUGAGACGGACCGCCGAAUGCUCGAGCGCCUCAUCGACAACAUCGCCUCCGCUACCAGCGACCUCUGGAACACAGAGAAGGCCGCGAAGAGCCAGCUUAAGACUCGCGGUUUCUUCCCCAAUCGCUGGACAGAACCACCCGUCGGCCUCAAUGUGAAGAGGUUGAUGACCCUGCACAUGAAGCUUGUGCCCGGCUUUAUGAUGGGGGUGGAAAAGAUGGACCUCCAGGUCUUCGUCAUCCCGACGACCCCCGACGACCCGGAUGUGCCGCCGGAGAGAGAAAAGCGCGUGUGGUUAGCCCAGAUCGUUCAGGUUGUCACCCUGAAGGGCGGUAAAGUUCAAAAUGAAGACCCUUGCUACUACACUUUCAGCGACCUGCAGUGGAAGCAGUUCGAGGAUGACGGAAUGUCUGUUUUCAAGGCCGCCGUCGACAACAUGGCGCCUGAGUUGCGGGUGUUUUGCAUGUUGAAAACCGAGGCGAAUUUUGGCGUCAAGCUGAAGUGGGACCAGAUUCUGAAGGCCCUGAGCACCUCAAUACAAUACGGCUGGUUGACUCAGGAGCAGUUGGAGCUUUAUACCUCGAACAUGGAGUCGAUGGCGGUGUCGAUGUUAUUGACGGACAAGGCCAACAACCCUGAUCAGGACCGAAUCGAAAUCGACACCGCCACAGUCGGCAAGAAGCUACAGGCGUACGUGAAGGUGGCGCCGAGGGGCGUGAUGGCCAAGCUUUCGGACCUCGGUGUCUUUGAGGCGAACUCUGUUUGGGGCGACUUCAUGGACUACGACUGAUCUCGCCCGACGCGCCCCAGGCUCCUAGUAGUAGGAACCUGCAGGGGCGUUGGGGACAGGUGGAGCAGAAGGACGCGGACAGGGAAGAGGCGGAGGCGGCGGGGGGGGGGGGCGGCCCGAAGUAGCCGCACGCGCUGCGAGGGCUCCAAUGUGCGGCGCCGUCGGAUCCUCAGCGGCCUGUAAAUGCGGCCGCGAUCCACGCAUCGACCGCCCCUGCAAAAUCCAUCGUGCCCAGCAGCAUCCGUAUCGGUGCUCGAUAUCCCCUCCGAAUUCGCGCAAGCAGCUAGACAAUUGCAUGUCCAUGGGUUUCUUGACUGCGUGGCGAAUGCUGAAGCGAGUAACGCCUGCGGCAGUAUUUUCACCAACUUGCUGGGGAGACAGGAGUCUGUGCUCCAAGGUCUUGGCCACUGGGGGGGAGGGCGGUGUGACUUCAUGCGUGCUCCAACCCAGGGAAGCCGAGUGACAUCUCCCGGUGAUGGCCACGCUAGCUUCUCCGGGAAGCGUUUCGUUAAAUUUCCGCAGUGCCUAUCAUCUCGCUGGUCGUAUCUAGGAUAUGCUAGUGAUGUAUAGCUCCCGAAGUGAUUGUAUCGAAUACGCUUACGGCCAGUCAUCGCAGCUUCCUGCCUUUCCAUUGUCUAUUUGCGGAUCGUGGUCGGUGCGUGCCCCGUUGGCGCGAAUGGAGGUCAUUGUUUGCCCCGCUGGCGCGGGUAGACUGUUCGGCUUCCGAUGUUCGGCGACAUCGGCGAAUC